GUGCUGUGGGACUUGGUGGAGGUGGGAGCUUUCCUAACAACCCGUUUUCUAUUCCUGAGAGCACCAGGAUUGCUUCAAGGAGAUCUUCCUUCCCACACCUCUGGAAAGAGCUAUAGGGAAAAGGGAUCACCAUGUACACCUUCCUGCCUGAGAACUUCACCCCAGUGAAGCAGAAGCCAUCCAAAGAGCUGAGGCCCAUGCUCGGGGCCAUCCUGCUGGGCCUCAUCCUGUUCAUUGCCGCGGUGGUGUCCUGGUGCUACUACACCGUGUCCCUGCGGAAGGCGGAGCGGCUGAAGACGGAGCUGAUGGAGCUGCGCGCGGACGGCUUCGCCAUCAGGAACCAGCACGGGGAGGUGGUGUUCCGGCUGGCGUUCCGCUCGGGCAGCCUGGACCUGGAGUCGUGCUCCAAGGAGGGCGAGAUCCUGAGCUGCACGCGCUCGGGCCGGGGGCCGCUCAACUUCUUCAUCCAGACGGUGAAGCCCAAGGACACGGUGAUGUGCUACCGCGUGCGCUGGGAGGAGCUGGCGCCCGGCCCCGCCGUGGAGCACACCAUGUUCUGGGAGGACGCGCACUGGUACGGGGGCUCCGAGAUGAGCACCCAGCACUGGCCCAUCCGCCUGGCCGGGUACCAGGAGCCCGUGCCCUACGUGACCAGCGACGUCUACUCCUUCCGCGACAGCUUCGGCGGCAUCCUCGAGCGCUACUGGCUCUCCUCCAAGGCGGCCGCCAUCAAGAUCAACGACUCGGUGCCCUUCCACCUGGGCUUCAACGCCACCGAGCGCACCCUCUUCUUCCAGGCGCGCUACAAGGACUCUCCCUACAAGCCCCCGCUGGGGCAGCAGCCGUUCCCGGAGCUCAGCUACCGCGUCUGCGUGGGCUCCGACAUCACCUCCAUCCACAAGUACAUGGUGCGCAGGUACUUCAACAAGCCCUCCAAGAUCCCUGCCGAGAACGCCUUCCGAUACCCCAUAUGGUCCACGUGGGCACUCUACAAGAACGAUAUCGACCAGGAUAAACUCUUGCGGUUUGCUGAAAAGAUCAGAAAGUACCGAUUUAACUGCAGCCAUAUAGAAAUUGAUGACAUGUACACACAAGCCUAUGGAGACUUCGACUUUGACCCCACCAAGUUCCCCAAUGUGACAGAGAUGUUUGCAAAACUGAGGGAGGACGGGUUUAAGGUCACCCUGUGGACUCACCCUUUCAUAAACUACAAUUCCUCCAAUUUUGGGGUGGGAAUCGAGCGCCAGCUGUUCAUCAAGGAGCCGUCAGGGAGGCUGCCGGCCAUGGUGGAGUGGUGGAACGGCAUUGGGGCCAUCCUGGACUUCACCAACCCGGCAGCGCGGGACUGGUUCCAGAGCCACCUGCGCCAGCUGCGGCACAAGUACGGCAUCUCGUCCUUCAAGUUCGAUGCGGGUGAGACCAGCUACCUGCCCAAGCAGUUCAGCACCUUCCGCCCGCUCUCGGACCCCAGCAUUUGGUCCCGGCGCUACACGGAGAUGGCCAUUCCCUUCUACGAGCUGGCCGAGGUGCGCGUGGGCUACCAGUCACAGAACAUCUCCUGCUUCUUCCGCAUCAUUGACCGUGACUCUGUCUGGGGCUAUGAGCUCGGCCUCAAGUCCCUCAUCCCCACUGUGCUCACCAUCAGCAUGCUGGGGUACCCAUUCAUAUCUGCUGACAUGAUCGGGGGGAAUUUCUUCCCUAACAAGACAGAUGGAGCAGUGGAGAUCCCAGACCGGGAGCUGUACGUGCGGUGGUUGGAGCUGUCGGCAUUCAUGCCCUCCAUGCAGUUCUCCAUCCCCCCCUGGCUCUAUGACAAGGAAGUGGUGGAGAUCGCACAGAAGUUCACGGAGCUCCACGAGUCGCUGGUGGCCCCACUGCUGCUGGAGCUGGCCGGGGAGGUCACCGACACGGGGGACCCCAUCAUCCGUCCCAUCUGGUGGAUCUCGCCCCGCGACGAGGCCACGCACAGGAUCGACUCCCAGUUCCUCAUCGGGGACACCCUCAUGGUGGCUCCGGUGCUGGAGAUGGGCAAGCAGGAGCGGGACGUGUACCUGCCGGCGGGCAAGUGGCGCAGCUACAAGGGGGAGUUGUUUGAGAAGACCCCGGUGCUGCUCACGGACUAUCCCGUUGACCUGGAUGAAGUUGCCUAUUUCCUCUGGGUUUCCUAAGAGCUCCCUCUAUCACUUUUGGGGAUCACCAUGCCUUACCUAGGACUAUAUCAUAUAUAACAAUUCUAAUUGCACAUUUAGUUUGUGACUGGGGAUGACAAACGGAAUUAAAUGGACUCACUGUUUUUGGGGUAUUUUUUUAUUUGAAGGGGGGGUGAUUUUUCCUAUUAAUUCAGUAAUGUGGGAGACUCCAAUU